AUGCAGUCUUGUUUAUACAGGAAAUUAUUCUGCUAUUUUGUAAAUAGAAAUAAUAGAAUUACAGCCAGUUUGUAUCAUGCGAAGGAACGAUCGAUUGACGAAUACAAAGAAGAUGGUCAAAGAGUAGAAAACUUGCACAACACAUUUUUGAAUUAUCUUCAAGUAAACAUUAUGUCGAAAUCAAAUUUGAAAAAGUAUAUGAUGAGUUUGAACAUAAAAACACCAGAACGAGAAAGUUUCAUAGCCAGUGAAUUGAGAAAGAAUCAACUUACACCGCUUGAUGACAUCAAACAAAGCCCAAAUAAUACCUCAGUUACACAAACUGCGUCAAAAUUGCUUCCCAUACUAAUCAUCAUAGACAUACUGGAUAAGGAACCUAAUAAUGCGCAAUUCCUGUUCCUGCUUAAGAGAGUAGAUGAAACAUGUAGUCGCAUGUUGUGCGAUUUGUCUUUUGAUGAAACUCUAAUUCUUUUGAAUGAACUCGCCCGAACAGCACCAACUAAAGUGAUGUGGCUGGGCUUUUACUUGGAAUCGAUUAAAACACUGCGCUUACGCCUGUCCGAAAACAAACAAAGCUCCCUUCAAAUCAUGAACUUGUUGUUUCUCAUGAGCCUAAGAAAGACGGAGGCAUUGUUGGACGUUAGAUACACGCUGAAGUAUCUCUCAGACUUUGAAAAACUCUCUAUAAUCGAACAAUGUAUCGUAUCAAUAGCUGCCUUUAAAUGCGGAGUCAAACUUGACCGACAAAUAAUUCACAUCAUAGAAGGAACGGUGCAAAGAAAUGUUGAGAAAUUGCUAAAGAAUCAAAAGCUGUUUGUACCCCUAUUAAAGGCUAUGCGGCAUGCCGGUCCAUCGCGUGAAUUUUCGUUGGAUCAUUUGAGUAAAAGAAUCCUCGAGCAUAAGGAAAAAUACAAAAUGUCACUCGCAGUACCAAUUUUGGCGCUAUACGCAGAAAUCCUGCAGGCUGACUCCAAGGUGAUAAACCGACUAGUCGGAGACGCUUUCUUGCAAAUGCGUAAAAGCGGAUCAAUAUCAGAAGAUAAUAUCGCAGCCGAAGAUGCGAUCAGAGUAAAAGAUAUUGAUAGAUUACUGUGGGCCGUCAGCACCCUGAACCAUAAAUUAACCCACAGUCAACUCUUAUAUGUGGAGAAAUUUUUGUCAGAUAAUUUAGACGCAUUUUCCAGGUAUCCCAAAGCAUUCUGUGGCUCACUUUUGGCCCUCUGGAUACUGGGAUCCAAAUGUCGUCAGAUCAUAGAAUACUGCUUUCGCGUUCAAAUUUUCCACCCACUACUCCAGAACUCUUUAGAAGAUUCUGGGAGACUGGUCGUGCUAUUGGCAUGCAUAAAAAUUGAGGCACCCACAGUGGUAAUUCCAUCCAACCUCAUCUGGGACCCAAACAAGAAACCAUUGUUAAAUGAAUACAGGGAGCUUGAAUGCAUCAGUAGCAUAUUGAAGUGUUUGGAAAGUCAAUUGGAAUUGAGCGAGAUUAAUGUUGACUGCCCAGUUAAUGAGAUACGAAUAUAUGGGAUCAGCGCAAAGCACGAAACACUAGGAUGGCUUCACGUCGAUUUGUUGAACAAUUACACGUGUUUGUGUAAACCUCGGAAACCACAUGGAUUAAUGAACUUGAAACUUAGGCUAAUCAAGACACUGGGAUACACUUCUAUACUAGUUGACAAUAUCGGACCGUUGAAGGUGGAAAAAGUGGUCACAACUAUCGGGGAAGCUAUUGAUGAACUUAUGAGAAAAUAACACAAACGAAUUGUGAUCAUAUAUUGCUAAUAAUAAAUAAUAAUGUCAAUACAGUGUAUAAUGAAAUGGCUUAGCUAAAAAUUAACAAUCAAA